GGGAAGCUGUGUCAACGAUUAUGUGCACAUUAUCAGGGGUUACAGCGUCAUGUCCACCCCAUCUGCUACUGUGUGUGGGAAUGAGAUGCCAGCUCCCCUCACCAUCAUCAGGCCAGUACUGCUUAACUUCUACUCUAACGAGCAAAUCACAGACUUCGGAUUCAAGUUUUCCUAUAGGAUAACCUCCUGUGGUGGUGUGUUCAAUUUCUUUUCUGGAAUCAUCAAGAGUCCUGCCUAUUCGUACUCAGACUACCCAAACAAUAUGCACUGUCUGUAUACCAUCACCGUUAGUGACGACAAAGUUAUCAAGCUCAAGUACGUAAGACAAAUUGGCUUUCUUAAGAAAAUCCUCUCAGCAUUAUUUACAGAAGAGCUGUUCCUUUAUUGAUGGAGAGCACGGAUUCCCAUCGGCA